CAUUCCGCUGGGGGAGGCUUCACACACACACGCUGGAGACAUGCCACACUGCGUGGUUCUGGAGGGUCCGGCUCCGUGGGGCUUCAGGCUGAUUGGAGGAAAGGACUUCAGUCAGCCUCUCACCAUCGCGCGGAUAUCUUCUGGCAGUAAGGCCUCUCUGGUCGACCUAUCUCCUGGUGACAUCAUCCUGGCUAUAGACGGCAUUGCCAGCGACAACAUGAUGCACUGUGAGGCUCAGAAUCGCAUCAGGGACGCGACGCGUCAGCUCACCUUAACCAUCGAGAGGCCAGAGACCAGACUGUGGUCACCUCGCGUGAGUGACGAUGACCGAGCCCACCCUUUCAAAAUCAACCUGGAAGCAGAGAGACAGGAGUACUGGCCAAUAGGAACAGGCCACAACAGGAGGGCCACUCCGUUCAUAGCGGCAGCUAACAUUGACGACGAGCGGCAGGUGGUCAGCUCGGCCUACAACUCCCCCAUCGGCCUUUAUUCCUUAGGCAACAUCCAGGACGCCUUACAUGGUCAGCUCAGAGGCCUGAUGCACAACAAGCCGGAGAGUCCUAGGGCUCUAACCAGUAUAGAAGAGUCAGAUGUGUAUCGAAUGCUGCAGAGAGAUCAGACAGAAGAGGAGCCUCAUGAGCCCCGUCAAUCAGGAUCCUUCAAAGCCCUGCAGGACUACAUCAACAGUGAGGGGACACGUCCUAUAGUGACGAGAACCGUGCAAGCGCCCACCACCAAGCCCCCGACCCCCGCAGGAAACCUCCACAAACUGCCCAUGUGUGACAAGUGUGGCAACGGCAUAGUAGGAACCGUCGUAAAGGUUCGGGAUAAGUAUCGGCACCCCGGCUGUUUCGUCUGUUCAGACUGUGAGGACAACCUGAAGCAGAAAGGCUAUUUCUUCAUAGAUGACCAGCUUUACUGCGAAACCCAUGCUUGCGCUCGCACGAAACCCCCGGAGGGUCACGACCUCAUCACGACUUUUCCCUCAGAGUAGCACACAGACCAGCAAGACUGCAUUCACUUAUACACACACACGAACUUCAACAGGCCCAAAGGAACAAGCACGAGACAGCCAAUCAGAACAGAGCUUGUUUACAUACAUCAGAUUAAUCACAUUUACAAAAAACAGCCUGUUUUGAAUUCGCUUUUUCUGUGACGCAUAGUCGGCCUACAGCAGUUGAGCACCAUCCAUUCAUACUGAGGUUUCAAACUGUUGAACAGAGAGCUGUUUUACAUGGAUCAGUAAUUUUUAAAGAGAAUUACAAGUGUUUAUAAACAAAAAUAAAUUAAACAAAAUGUUAUAUACAUUUGCAUAUAACAUAUGAAUAACAAAAAAGUAGUCUAUGGGCCCUUUAAGCACACAAACUCACACAGAAACACAUCCACUGCUGUACUGAUUGUAUUUGCUGUAGUAUUUCAAUACUGAGUUGCUUACUGUAGAAAUAUUAGCUACAGUGGCUGAAUAUUUCAAUAAAUAUGCAAACAGUCAC